AGGCUUCUGGGAUACCUUUAGUCAAUGGAUGGUUUGUAAUUCAAACAUGCCCCAAGAACAUUUUUUAUUUUGACCACAGUUUACGCAUUCCCUGCCAAAACCUACUCCGUUAACGAUUGUCCAUUGCCAUGGCUUCAUACCAGUAUGGAACUUCUCAAUUUGCUAACAAUACAACAGAAGUUUCCCAUAGUGCACCACAUCCAUAUGCCCCAUACCCCCCAGCUCUCACACAACAGCCAGAACCACAGGAAGCCCAAGAAUCUAAAACCACUCUGAUUGUCAAUUACAUCCCUCAAGAUAUGACUGACCAGACUUUCAGAAUGAUGUUUGAGGCCGUCGCAUCGUUAAAUAAUUGCAAGAUAGUUCGCCACAAGCCUUCAGGGUGGAGCUACGGGUUUGGGUUUGUUGAUUACAACACUACUGAGGAUGCGCAAAAGGCCAUUGAUAAGUUGAAUGGCUUUACUAUUGGUAACAAGGUGCUAAAGGUGGCCUUUUCCCGUCCUGGCGGAGACAACACUAAAGGGGCCAAUCUCUACGUUUGUAACAUCCCAAAACAGCUGCCUGAGGUGGAGUUCCGAAAGGCCUUUGAGGCCUAUGGGAAUAUCGUCAACUGCCGCCUUCUGAGAGAUAAAUCCACAGGACUCCCGAAAGGUUGUGGCUUUGUCUUGUAUGACAAAAAGGCGGAGGCACAGGCAGCAAUCAGUAGCCUGUCGGGGACAUUUUUCCCAGGCUCCACAAUGGGUCUGCAGAUUAGAUACGCUGAUGACAACUCCGCUAAAGUGCGCCCUCCUAAUAAUGUCCCAAACUUUGGUCAACAAAUGGGUGGACCAGGGCCAAUCCGACCCCCAGCAAACCGAUUCCAAGCACGAUUUAACCCUAUGGGAGGUGGGCCCCUACCGCAACAAAAGAUGACGCAUAUGAAUGGCAAUAAGAGCCAAGCCCCACCUGGGUGCACACUAUACGUGUAUAACAUUGGGUACGAUGCAAACCAGGAAGGUAUCACUGCCCUAUUCGGACAGUGUGGCAUAGUUAAUAAGGUUGACAUCAUGUGGGACUGGCAACGGCAACAAUGUAAGGGCUUUUGUUUUGUUACUAUGGCAACCCAAGAGGAAGCCCAGAAUGCAAUUCAGACCCUCAAUGGGUUCAUGUACACCAAUAAGCCACUACAGGUAUCUUUGUACAGUAAAAGGUUUUGAUGUAGAGAACAUUAUUGUAAAAGGUAUUAUUAGUUAUUAUUUAUCAGAUGUAUUCCCUGCAGGAGGUAGUUGUUUCAAAGGUGAUUUUAUGCCGAUGGCAAGGAGCUGAUUUCUUCAGUUUGAAAUACAGUUUUUAUCAAACUCACAUUGAAGAAUUAUUCACAAGCUACAUUAUGGCAUCCACAAAUUGAAAUCCACCACCAAUUGCUUCCAUUAGCCUUAAAAGUUUAUUUUGUCUGAAGGAAAGAUGUGUUUUAGGGCUUGGAUAUCAAGGAUGUAAUUCAGCAACUUUUUAAGAUGUUCUAUUUCCUACCAGCCUGCAAAAUCUGUUUUACUUCAUCCUUUUUUACUCCUUUUUUUUACUACUGUGGGUUAAAUCUUAAGCCAUUUGUAGCCCGCAUGCAGGCAUUUGAUGGUAUUUCUAUCAUGAAAAAACAGCCUCAGGCAACCGCUGUAGUAGUGGUCAGAGGAUUCUGCUUUGCAGGCUAAGCUAUUGGUUGUGUUAAACAGAGAGUCAAGUAGGAUAGAUUAUGUACCAGCCAUUUCAGUGACUUUGGCUGGAAAAAGAGCCUAAGAGUCUGGCGGCAUAAGCUAGAAGCAACUCUGCAGGACUAAUUUUAACAUCCCUGUGAGUAAAUUAAUGUUAAAGUUUUAAACAUGGAUAUUUUGGUUUUAUUUGUCAUGAUACAAUAAGUGAUAUGAUGAAGAGAAGAAAAUUGAUCACAAAUAA